AUGGUUUACCUUCGGGCUGCUGCCGCGGCCGCCCUCUACUCUGUCUCCUCAGUCUUGGCCCAGGGGCAAUCAAGCAGUCAAGCGGGCAAUGGAGUAUCUGGUGGAAUAAUGUGUGGAGAGGGCAACCUGUGCCCAGAGUCAAGCCCCUGUUGUUCGCAAUACGGCCAAUGCGGUGUGGGAGCAUAUUGUCUCGGUGGCUGCGACAUCAGAUAUUCCAAUUCUCUCGACUCCUGCGUGCCAGCACCCGUAUGUCAAAGCCAGGACUACAAGUUGACUUCGUUGGACGGGAUUACAGCAAACACACAAUUUCUUGGAGAUGCGUCAAAGGCCAACUGGGUGUCACAAGGGACGCCCUUACUAACGCCGGACAACAGCGCAGUCAUCUUGACCUUGGCAGAAGACGGGGCAAGUGCAUCUGGAACACUUCUAUCUAGUUCACAUUACGUGUGGUAUGGAAAGGUUAGCGCGACUAUGAAGACAAGUCGAGGCGCAGGUGUUGUGUCCGCCUUUGUCCUCUUCUCGGACGUACAAGACGAGAUAGAUUUUGAAUUUGUGGGCACCGAUCUCAAUACCGCCCAAUCCAACUUCUACUGGCAAGGCGUCACGGAUUAUGAGAAUGAAAUCAAUUUGACCGUGUCGGAAGGUGGGGAUACCUUUAGCGCUUGGCAUACAUACGAAGUUGAUUGGACACCAACAUCAUUGACGUGGUCUGUGGAUGGCAAUGCCUCACGUGUCCUGAACAAGGCCGAUACUUUCAACAAAACGGACAAUAAAUAUCACUACCCACAAACACCUGCUCGUAUUCAGCUCUCCCUCUGGCCCGCUGGUACAACCAAGAGCGGGCAGGGCACGAUUGAUUGGGCUGGGGGGUUGAUCAACUGGAAUUCGCAGGAUGUCCAGACGAACGGCUAUUUCUAUUCUAUGUACAAUGAUGUCAACGUGGAGUGCUAUCCAGCGCCAUCGGACGCGAACGGUACUGGCACCGUAUCAUACAAGUACGGCGACGUGGAUGGGCUGGAAGGCGACAUCGAACUCACAAACGACCCAACUAUUCUCGGGUCAUUCGUUGCGGACGGUACGGAUAUGAGCAAGGGAAAGUCCAACCCGUCAAGUACAUCGUCAACAAAAGGAGGGUCAGCUACAGCAACACCAACCAAUCUGGCAACCGUACCAGGCUUGUCAGGUGCAGGUGGCACAGAUGGGACCGGAGUUGGCGGUGACUCGGGCUCGGGGUCCGGUUCUAGCUCAGGCUCAGACUCUGGCAGCGGAACGUCAAGUGCAUCUGGCACCGCUGCGACAGGCAUUGGUGGCUUUGACCAAGGAGACCAAAAGCAAGGCAGUGGUGCAUCCAAAGGAGAAGAGGUCACGAGAGGCUCAAUUUUCGCUGCUUUGGUCGCGUUUAUUGGUGUGCUCAUGAUGUGGGCUUGA